CGCAGUGUUGCGGGGGCGGGGCCUGUCAGCCAUGGAGCUCGGGGACCGCUAGCUGGGUGAGAUGGAGCCGGUCAUGGAGCUGGCGCUGCGCUCGGUGCUGGCUGUCCGCGGGCAGAGCUGUGAGCUGAGCCUGGACUCGGAGCGGCUGGCCUGGCGGGAGCUGAGACCCAGGAGAGACCGGAGCCGCCGGGCUGGUGUCUGUUUGACAAGGGUUCUCCAGCGGGCGAGAGGACUAACAGACAGCCUCAAUCGACAACUACCAUCAGGUGGCCAUUCCAUCCCUGUGUCGGAGAUUGUUUCGGUAGGAGAAGCCGAGAUUGAUGAGACGUACCACCACAGUAUGAAAUGGGAGCACAUGUGCAAACCGCACGCUUUUACAGUUAAUUAUGUACAAAGGGUGAAGAACCACCGCUGGCGGUGCAAGGCUGUGACGUUUUGGUGCAGUGAUGAAGUUCUUUGUUGCCAUUGGCUAAAAGCACUUAACGAUCUACUUGAUCAUCAAACAUGUAGACCAAAGCACUUAUUAAUUUAUAUAAACCCGUACGGAGGAAAGAAAAAAGGAAAGCAAAUAUAUGAAAAUAAAGUGGCUCCAUUAUUCAACCUUGCAGGCAUCUCUACAGACGUUAUCGUGACAGAAUUUGCAAAUCAUGCUAGGGAUAACCUUUACGAAGUGAAUCUGGAAAAAUACGAUGGGAUUGUGUGUGUUGGUGGAGAUGGGAUGUUCAGCGAGGUUCUGCACGGACUUAUAGGCAGAGUGCAAAAAGAUAAGGAUAUCGACCAUGACAAUCCCGAAGCAAAUCUAUCUCCGUGUGCAAUAAGAAUUGGCAUUAUCCCUGCCGGAUCCACAGAUUGCGUAUGCUUUGCAACUGUUGGUAUUAACGACCCUGUGACUUCAGCUCUUCACAUCAUUUUAGGGGAUUCUCAGCCUUUGGAUGUAUGCUCUGUACAUCGAAAGAAGAGGUUUCUGAAAUACACGGUCUCUCUGUUGGGCUAUGGUUUUUAUGGUGACGUUUUAAAAUGCAGUGAAAAGAAUCGGUGGCUGGGUCCAGCUAGAUACGACUUUGCAGGGAUCAAGACCUUUUUGUCUCAUCACUGCUAUGAAGGAACGGUGUCUUUUCAAGCAGCCAAGUGGGCAGCGGGGUCUCCAAGGGACCUAACCCGAUGCAUGUCUGGGUGUGAUAUUUGCAGACAAAGUAGCAAACAGCUGGACGAACAUCAGAAAGCACAAGCGCUUGGCUCACUGCAGAAUGAACAAGAAGAUUGGAAGACAAUCAAAGGGAAGUUCAUGGCAGUCAAUGCAGCCAACAUGUGCUGUGCCUGCCCGCGAAGUCCAAAGGGUCUCUCCCCGGCAGCUCAUUUGGCAGAUGGAGCGGCGGAUCUCAUUGUGGUUCAUAAAUGCUCCAGGCUAAAUUUUCUAAGGCACCUUAUCAGACACACGAACAAGAAAGACCAGUUUGACUUUCCAUUUGUCGAAGUUCAUCGGGUGAAAACUUUUCAAUUUACCCCAAAACAUUUUGAAGUUGAAGAUGAAGAUGGCGACGCAGAGAGCACAGACCUAAGGAUUUCUGGAAAAAAGAACUUUGCACAGAUCUGUACAGAUCAUCCCUCGUGUGGAUGUAAUCAGGUGAAUAGCAUCUGGAAUUGUGAUGGAGAGACCCUGGACCAGACUGCCAUUGAGAUGAGGGUCCACUGUCAGUUGAUUAAAUUAUUUGCACGCGGUGUCGAAGACCCCAAGCCAAAAAAUAAAUGCUCAAGCAGAAUUUAGGGAAAUGUAUUUUUAGAAGUCUUUUUUUUUUAUGAAGACUGUGAUGUGUGCUGCCCUACUAAUUUUAUUUAUUUUACAUAUUAUGUGUAUGUUUUUGAAGGAAAAAGUGUGGAUGAUGUUAAAAAAAAAAAAAAAAAAAAAAAGAAAUCAUUAGUUUGUUGUGGAUAGUUUUUAGGGUUUUUUUUUUUCUUCUAACUUUGCACCUUUUAUUUUUGUCAAUAUUACCAGAUGCUGGUAUCAUCAUAACGCUAUGUCGCUUUUUAAAUGGCAGUUUUUUUUGUAAAUGAGAAAAGUUGUUACUUUGUAUUGUAUGACAGUAAACCUGUAUCUAGAUUAUUUGUCAUAUUAAGUUCUAAUAUGGGUAAAGUAAUAAUCUAAAACAUAAAAUUGUAUUGUGGAUCAUAAGCAAGAAUACCGCCUGUGGUAAUUGCUUAAUUGUUCAGAAUAACAAAGUCCUUUUUAUAAAAAAAAAAACCUUGGUUGUAGAUCCUUGUGGAUUUACCAAAGACUAAUUUUGUCAGACUGCUAACAAGCCAGAAUCAGGAAUUAUUUUAUUUUUCUUGGCUACAUAACAGCAUCAAGUUAAUAAGGUCAUAUAUUAAUGGGUCACUACUAAAUAAAUGAUUUGCUAAACAGUAACUUAUUUUAUUAUGUAAAUGAAUUUAUCAUGGGUUUAAAUUUGGUGCGCACAAAUUAAGGAUAUCAUGUACCAAAGAAAUGAAUUCUUACCAAUCCAAAAAAAAAAAAAUGGCUUAUUCACCCAUGUCCCUAUAAAGUAAAGGGAUGCCUCUGUCUGUUACUCUGAAAUUCUGGCUUGUUAGUGGCUCACAGGAACGGAAGCCCGGUCACUUGGCGUCCUUAUUAAUUUCAUUUGGUCCUGGAGAUCG